AUGACCCCAUCGUUCCAGAAGCUGGUAGUGGGUGGUCCGAACCAGCGCAAUUGGCGAGGAAUACUCAUAGCACUGCUGGUCAUCGUUGCCGUUCUGGCCUUGAUCGUCACCUCUGUGGUGCUGCUGACGCCACCUGACGAAGGGCCCAGGGUGAAGGGACGCAGGCUGAGGAUUCAGGACAUACUAUCUGAUGAGCUGGUACCAGUCAGAUGGAAUGGAACGUGGAUAUCGGGUGACGAGUUCGUGUACAGAGAUACCUCGGGAGGUAUAAGCCUCAUGUUUGCCGCCAACCAAACAUCGAAAACCCUGAUGCCAAACACCACAUUUAGAGUGCUAGAACCGGCUUCGUUCUCGGUGUCGGCAGAUCGACGAUUCCUACUCUUAGCGCAAAGCAUCCGCAAACUACAUCACUACUCCUACCUCGCAAGAUAUACGGUCUACGAUAUACUUACCACGGAAUCGUACCCACUCACGCCGUUGCCAGAUGAAGUAGGGGGUGGAGUGAUCACCGAAGGUCCAUCCCUUCUGUUGGCCGCGUGGACUCCUAAAGGCCAUGGUCUGAUCACGGUUAAAGAUUACGACAUCUACUACCGGCCGGCUCCUCGGUCAUCAACCGGGUACAAAGUGACGGAAACGGGUGUACCUGGCACUAUACAUAAUGGAGUCCCGGAUUGGUUGUAUGAAGAGGAAAUUCUGAAAUCGCGAACAGCUUUGUGGAUGUCAGCGGACGGUCAUAUGGUGUUAUAUGCAACCUUCAAUGACAGCUUAGUCCACGAGCAAAAGUACCCCUGGUACGGAGCGGCGCUGGACACCGACGACCCGGCUAAGACAUACCCGGAGAUCAGAAGCGUGAGAUACCCCAAGCCUGGCACCAACAACCCGACGGUGACACUCACAGUUGCCGAUAUCGCGGAUCCGAAGCACAUAAGGACUAGACACCUUACGCCUCCAAAAAUUAUAUUAGAAGAGGGUGAUUAUUACUUCACAAGCGCACAGUGGGUGUCCCUCACGGAGGUCUGUGUGGUGUGGCUGACGCGCACACAAAACCUCUCUGUUGUGUCGGUGUGCAAGAGUCCUAUGUGGUACUGCCAAGAGGUGUAUAGAAUAUUAUCGGGAUCAGAAGCCUGGGUGGAGUCUGCUCCAGCUCCUUUAUGGUCUGCUGGUGGUGGUGCGUUAGUCACGUUGGCACCAGUCAGAGACGGCCCGGCUGGUUUGUUCAGGCAUAUUGUCAGGACUGAACAUAAUGCACAUGGCCCUAGAGCGCUACCUUUGACGCACGGUAGCUUCGAUGUUGUAAAGUUGUUGGCGUGGGAUCACGCCAAUCAACAUAUAUAUUAUCUCGGGAUACCAGAAGGGAAACCAGGACAACAGCAUCUGUAUAGAAUAUCUUCGGAAGCACCACGACCCGGUUCACCGCAGAAGUUGCCUUAUUGCGUUACUUGUAAUUCACAGCCAUCGCCGUCGAUAAAUCUGGAGUAUUAUGGAAACCUAGCGUCAUCUGGUGACAGCACGUGGGACUCAGAUUGGGACGAGGAAUUGCCGCCUACGUCACCCACGACAUCUAAAAAGAAAAAAAGGAAACAUCCAGAAGGUCUUCCACAAAAUGUACCGUGCCUGUAUCAUGAAGCUCACUUCAGUCCAUCAUCAGCAUACUUCGUAUUAGAGUGCCUUGGGCCAGGAGUGCCGACCUCCAGCCUCUUCAAGAUCGCUCUCCCAGAGCCAAGACUCCUGUUGCACUUGGAGAAUAACACCGCAGUCAAGGAAAAAUUAUCGACAAUAGCCCUGCCUACCCCGCGGACAUUUUCUGUCCAAUUGUCCAGUGGACACGCGGCCAGGGUGCGCCUACUGCUGCCUCCAGGUCUAAGAGAAGAUGAAGUUACGAAAUAUCCUCUCGUGCUAAAAGUCCACGGAGCACCAGGCACCCAGCUGGUGACGGAGCGCUGGUCGUUGGAGUGGGGAGCGUUGGCGGCCGGCGCAGGUGCCGUGCUGGCGGCGGUGGACGCGCGCGGCGCGGGCGGCAGGGGGCUCGGGGCACACCACACGCUGCACCGCCGGCUCGGCACUGUUGAGUUGGCUGAUCAGUUAGAGGUUGCUGAGUACCUUCGUGACUCGCUACAUUUUAUCGACGCCCGCCGCGUGGCAGUGUGGGGCCGCGCUCACGGCGGGUUCCUCGCUGCGCUGGCGCUUGCGAGUCCGCUAAAUGUAUUUCACUGUGGUAUUGCCCUAACGCCCAUAGUACGCUGGCGGUAUUACGCAUCAGCAUAUGCGGAACGUUACAUGGGCUUUCCAAAUGCAACGGGGAACUACCGGGGAUACGCGGACGCUGACGUCACGAAGCAAGCCGCGGCGCUCCACGACAAAAUGUUGCUGCUAGUUCACGGGACGGCAGACGACAAUGUCCAUAUGCAGCAAACUAUGGCGCUGGCAAAGUCGCUGGCUAACCAGGGCAGCAUGUUCAGACUGCAGAUCUACCCAGAUGAAGGCCACAACCUGGACGGUGUGAGGCGGCACCUGUUCCGCACGAUGUCGUCAUUUCUGGACGACUGCUUCAGGAAGCAGGUACCGCCAGAGACUAAGGCCGGGCUGCGGAAUGGCGGCAACCUCGACUGA